AUGUCGAGAAAACGCCGUGAUGGAGCGCAGGAAGAAGUACAGGCUAUCGUGGAACUGCCCCAGAUGGCAUACAGGCGAAUGGCUAGAGCUAUCGAAGAGAUCGGAGCAGCACUCUCCGUAGCCUUUGGAAUGCAAAGAGAUCAGUCUCGUUCGAGAAUAAAUCCGGUGUGUCCAAAUAAUGGAGUCCCUCAAUCAUCACCAGCCGGUUACAAAAGUUGUACGAUGAACACCUUCAACGACUGCGACCCCGGGUUUUCGUGCGUUCAAGCAGUGAAUGACUUUUCGGUCCAGUUGUGCUGCUCAACUGGUUCUUCUGCAGAGCCAGUUUGCCCUAACCAGCGAUUCCUUUUGAAGGAACGUGGUCGUCCAGUGUAUUGUAGCGCCAGUCAACCUCAGCUAUGUCCGGUAAACUACCCCUGUGAAUCCGCUGUUGGUGCACCUGGGACCUACGUGUGCUGCUCUGCACUAUCAACAAUAUCUUGUCCAGCUCGAUACUCACCAAAAUUGGAUACCAACGGGAAUAAGGCUCUUUUGCUGCCAAGGACCGAAGUAAAGGCUGGAUAUACGUGUCAGUACUCGGCAAAUCUUACUCAAUAUGUGUGCUGUGCCAGUGAAUCCACGACAUUGAAUUGUGCGGACGGACGGAACGUUUAUGAACAGAUCGCUGGUGAGACGUAUAUGUGCAACCCCCAGCAAGUGCCAUCUUCGUGCCCAGUUGGAUACGAAUGCGCUCCGUCCACCUUGCCUGGUACCAACGUCUGUUGUGCCAAGAAUGCAGAUCCUCCUGUAACACUAGCUCCUCUUCCAUCAAAUACUGAAUGCCCGGCUGGUUGGGAUCCUUACCGUAGCGGUAUCGAUGGCAAGGAGAAAAGCUGUAAUGGCGCAUUUGAUACGACAAACCAGCCUAACCAGUGCCCAAGGGGCUACUCGUGCGACCAGAGCAUAGUGCCAUCGAUUGCGGUCUGCUGCAGUAGUGCUGCAAGUCCUGAACGUCUACUUUGUCCAAAUGGCGGUACCCCGUCUCUGCUGAAUGGUUUCAUUCGAAGUUGCCCAGUCGAAGGCCAAACUGAAGGUUGCCCCAAUGGAAACAAGUGUGAAAGAGCCACAACGGGAAUGCUAGUCUGCUGUCCCAGCGUGUCGCCUUCGACAGAAGUCUGUCCUCAGAACAGGCAGCCAAUCUUUUCACAAAUCACCAACGACUACAUCUACUGUGACGACACAGCCUACAUUUGCGCCAAUGAAUACAAGUGUCUCCCUAUGGUGAAUAGCGACCGUUUUUUAUGCUGCUCCGAUAUUCCGAAGUGUAUACAGGGCACUCCCGAGAUGUAUUUAGUGGGAAGAGUUAAAAGGUGUAGCAGUUCGAGCGACUGCGGCCGUGGCUUCUUGUGCUCGGAAUCGAAUGUUGGCGGCGUCCGCGUUUGCUGUUCAUCAGGAGCUAUACCGGCAAGAGAUGUACGAAUCAGAAUUUAUUUUUCAAACUGCCCCUUAGGUGUGCUCGGGUCAACUGAAAUGCCCACUUAA